UAAUUUAUUACAUUUUCUAUCGUAUUUUUAUAAUAUACAUUCGACAAAUGAUCGCAAGACGACUCGGAUCGCACGAACACAGUGUAUAGACAUUCAACCACGUUGAUUACAUGUACUUUCAGAAGUUGGUCCUGUGUGUCAUGGUGGCAGUAGUGGCCGCGGCGCCACAGGGAUACGGUCCACCUCCACGUCCCUCCUACAGCGCCCCCGCAGGUGCUGUAGUUCCCAUCCUGAAGGAUGAUCGUCAGGGACCUGACCAGGCCGGCAACUAUAACUUCAACUUCGAGACUGGUGAUGGCAUCAGUCGUCAGGAACAGGGCGCCCCCCAGGGCCCAGCUGGUGCCGUGGCAGCCCAGGGAGGAUGGUCGUUCACCUUCCCCGACGGCAGUCAAGGAGUCUUUAAGUUCGUGGCUGACGGUGAAGGCUACCGCGCUGAGUCUCCACUGAUCCAUCCUCUCCCUCCCCACGCCAUUGCUCAGAUUGAGAAGGCUCGUCUGGAGGACGCUGCAGGUCCCAAACCCACCUACGGCGCUCCUUCCAGACCAGGAUACAACUAAUCUACAACAUAUAUCUUCCACACCGGCUAAGUGGUUCUCCAAUACAAAGUGACACAAAAUAAAGUAUUACCCUAUUAGCAAGACCUGCUGAUGAUGGUUUGAGUGAGAUGCACCAAGUUAUAACAUAUGGUGGUUCCCAACAGUUUCAUGUCGGAGGCAGCAACAAUAUGGCUUUCUACGCCACCUAAAAUGUAAAAUGAGUUUUCUAUUUUAUUUUGAUUCACUUUUAGGACUCGCAUCCGUUGUACUCCACAAUUCUUGCUUGUCCUCACAGGACAGUAGAGAAGAUUAUUAUUGAUAGAGUACAGACUAUAUCAUUAUUUAUUUCAUACUCAUGAUAUUAAAGUAUUUUUCUCAAUAAAUAUGAAAGAGAUUUGUUGUUUUCCCGCCACCUGAGACAGACACUCCAAAAGGCAAAUCCCGCCUCUCCUCUUGGAGUUGUUUACUCUUCUGAUUCACCAUUACAAAAAUGUAGCCGCAAUUUUUUUUAGUUUUAUAAGAAAGAAAAAGUGUGUUUAACUACCUAGUUGCAAAUACCAAGUCGAGUUUCCGAAUUUG